GGGGCGGGGUCGUAUUCGAACGCGGGCUGCGUUCGAAUACUCACACGAAGCGGCCUUUACCGGGGAUUUGAGCACCUUUUCACUCAAGGCAAGGUUCAGAAUACUUGUCUUACUCACCUUUCUUCUGACAGCCAUGACAGUGAAAACAUUUCCCAUUUUUUCCCUUUAUGUUUUGUUACGACAAAAAAACAGAUCCACUUCCUCAUUCGCUCCUUAUUUAACACCACGUUGUGACGACAAUGUCGCAAUUCUGCUUUUUUUGAAAUGAUCAGCAGCUCCCUAAUGUUCCAGACUUGUACUGGCGCUUGGAUGUGUCGCUGCAAACAACUGGAUUCCCAGGAUCGUAUUUCUUUUUUCUCACAGUACCCUUUUUUAUGUCCCGCCGGCUGAGAACCGGCGUGUUGGCUUUUCGGAUUGUGAAAUGAAUCCGAGCAGGUGGCGACUUUUUCCAGACAUCAAAUGGUUCAUUGUUCGUUGUUAUUAAAUUGAUGUCACUCAAGGGUGGAGGAAACAAUGCUUUUUUGCAAACAGAAAGCCUGGAAUUAAAGGGUUGGGCUUUUUUGUAAUUAGUGUCUUAACAUCAAUUUUUUUUUCAAUGGCUGAUUACCUUGGUUGAGAGAGUGAGUGGGGGGGCCUAUGUAUAGGUCCCAGAAUUUGGUGCUACACCGCUGGUUGUGGCCCUUGUUGUGGCUGUAAAUGACAAAGUCUGUUACUAGUAACAACCUGAGAGUUAAACCAUUUCGAAUGCAUCAAAAAUAAAAUCUCACACACUCAUAUAUAUAUAUCCUCCCCUGAAUAUGCCAGAUUUUUUUUUCAAUCAAGAGCCAUGAAUUAUAAACUGGGAAAUUAGUGAAAAUGAAAAAAAUAGUGCCCAGUCACGCAAUGUAAAUAAUAAUGAAUAGCGUGGAAGAAGAAAAAAUCCUGGCUCCGGCUCCUAUUUUUCGUGCCAAACUUUGAUGGGUUUUUUUCUUGGCACACGUCCCAUUCGUCCAACAAUUUUGGUGCAAAUCUGUUCUGUAGGUUUUCCUUAAUCCUCGCUGGCAAACCAGGCAACACACAAACGGACAGGAGCAAAAACACGUACUUACAUCUUACCGAUUAGACAGUUUAUCUUUACCCCCCAAAUUUUAAACAAAUCCAAUUCCCUAUACUUCACUGUUUGUCUUGUCUGAUGAUAAUCUCCUAAUCCAUGACAGUUGGCAUUUCCUCAUACAGAGCGAUCACCACAUUCACAAUGUCGCUCUCUCUGCUGCUGCUGCUGGUCUGCAGCUCCCAGGCAACUCAUUUCUAUGGCACAGUCAUGACCUACUACCCAAAGAACAGCAGCACAAAUGGAUCUGUCACGGUCGUCCUUCGCUAUAAGCUGAACUUCGGCAGGAAAGGCAGCGACUCCUGGGACUGCAUCAACGGGAACUGUGGGACUCAGAGAGCUUUGACGCUGAGCACCCUGAAAAAUGUCAACGGUGAAGGGUGGUAUCAGACGGAGGGGAUCAUGACUCGCGACGUUCCCAGCAGGGCUCCUUUCCAGCUGGAGUUGGCCGGUGGCAACUGGAUAAGGAACAUUAGGAAUGCCGUCAUUCUGUGGAAAGCUGUGACCCUGGUUGAACUGAGGAGCCGGUCGGACACAGGCAAAGCCAACACGUCGCCCCAGACCACCAUCUUGCCGGCUGUGAGAGUUCCUUCAAACUGUCAGAGAGAUUUCGACCUGUUGGCAUUCGACCCUGAUGGAGACGAGGUCAAAUGCAGAUAUGGCAGCUUGUCGCAUGCAGAGUGUGAUAACUGCACACCACCGUCUGUUACGAACCUCUCACAAUCGUGCACUCUGUCAUUCAGCUCCAACGUCAGCAGUGACCAAGGCCCGUACGCGGUCCAGCUGGUGAUGGAGGAUUUCCCCCGACAGACCAUCAUCCUGAGUCAAACCAACGGAGAGCUGACGAUAGUAACCACCAAUGACGCUAUCAGCAAAAUACCAAUCCAGUUUGUCUUACGGGUGGAUAGUGGAGUGGCAUCCUGCACAGAGGGACUGUACUUACCCAGGUUCCUGCCUCCAACCCCAGGCAACAGAGCUCGCCUCUACGCCCCUGUCAACCAGUCUCUGGAAAUCAGCAUCAGUGCAGAGGCAAAUAUCUCUACGGUCUCUGAGCUGCUGUUCAGCGGGCCGCACAACGUAAACCAGACGACGGCGGCGGCGGCAGGACGGUACGCCCUGAGAUGGACGCCGUCUCAAAGCGAAGAUGGAGAAAGCCAUCCCUUCUGCUUUGUCGCCCAGGCAGUUUACAAUUCAGCGAAGUAUCACUCCGAGCUGCGAUGUGUCAUCGUGACCGUUGGACCUGACCCAACAACAAUCACCACAACACCGACGACACAAACUACCCCUCCAUCCACAACAACCGCUCCAAAAAUGACAACAACCAUCACUACGCAGACGACACAAACUACCCCCCCAUCCACAACAACCGCUCCAAUAAUGACAACAACCAUCACUACGCCGACGACACAAACUACCCCCCCAUCCACAACAACCGCUCCAAUAAUGACAACAACCAUCACUACGCCGACGACACAAACUACCCCCCCAUCCACAACAACCGCUCCAAUAAUGACAACAACCAUCACUACGCCGACAGCACAAACUACCCCCCCAUCCACAACAACCGCUCCAAUAAUGACAACAACCAUCACUACGCCGACAGCACAAACUACCCCCCCAUCCACAACAACCGCUCCAAUAAUGACAACAACCAUCACUACGCCGACGACACAAACUACCCCCCCAUCCACAACAACCGCUCCAAUAAUGACAACAACCAUCACUACGCCGACGGCACAAACUACCCCUCCAUCCACAACAACCGCUCCAAUAAUGACAACAACCAUCACUACGCCGACGGCACAAACUACCCCUCCAUCCACAACAACCACUGUGUUAACAUCGCCAAUCAGCACUACACCAAUAACAGCUACAACCGCCACUCCGCCCACAACUACCCAACUAACCACAACAACCAUCACUUCACCAACUCCUCAAACGACAAUCACUCCUCCAUCCGUCUUGUCAACUGCAACAACCCUCACUGCUUCAACCGCUUGUCCACCCCCCACCACUUCACCUGACGACUCGGCUGCUUCCCUGACGCCUGUAAUCGACACAACGAAUCAAGUUGUCAUCGGUCUGAGCGCGCAGCUCUCUUCUUCAUCUCCACUAUCUGAGGACGACAUCCGAAACACCGUCAUACAACAACUCAAAGAUGAACUGGUGAGACGAGGGCUGCCGGCAAACAUCACUCUACGCUUUGUGAGCGUUACGACCACAACGACGCCCCAUGGUGGUUGAUUCUGAGAGUGCAUCGACCUCUAACAGGAGGAAAUGAGUCGCUUGUUU